GCCUGUCUAUACCUAGUAGUUUCUCCUUCUAUAAAAUGAAUCAGGCCUAUGCUAUUAUUCAUCAUUCACAACUUUCUUUCAUAGAGCUCUACAAACAGAACUUACAAAUCUUCUCGUGCUUUUUCGAUCAAUAUAUUUUUCAAGAAGAUGAUGAUGAACACAAAGAAGCUAAUCAAGAUGGCCAAGAAAUGGCAACUAAGAGCAGCCCUCCACAGGAGAAGGAUUUCAUUUCAGAGGUCAAGUGCUACUACUAGCAGCUCAACUGCAGUACAAAAGGGCUGUUUCGUGGUCUAUACGUCGGAUAAAAUCCGCUUUGCUUUUCCAAUAAGUUACCUGAGCAACUCUGUUUUCCAAGAGCCCUUGAAGAUCUCUGAAGAAGAGUUUGGCCUCUCAACAGGUGGACCAAUCACGUUGCCAUUCGAUUCGGUUUUCUUGGAGUAUCUCAUCAAGUUGAUCGAACGGCGAAUGGACGGAGAUACAGAAAAGGCUCUGUUAAUGUCAAUCUCUAGUGCUAGACGAUGUUCUUCACUAUGCUCUUUGCAACUACAACAAAGUAGUACUACUCAACAGUUGUUUGUAUAUUAGAUUGUAGCAAAUUAUGUUCAUGUAAAGUCUAUAGUGUAUCAGAUAGACACAGAAAUACAAAUUAUUUUUCUCUCCUCAUCAAUA